AUGAAAAACAAUCACAAACAACGUAAAACAAUGAAAAACAAUCACAAACAACGUAAAACAAUGGAAAACAAUAAAACAACAAAAUACAAUAAACAACAAAGAAAUACAAUGAGAUACAAUAACAGAAAACAACCAUAUAUUGGAAACAACGAGAAACAAAAAAAAUCGAAGAACAACGAAACAACGAAAAACAAUCAAAAAUCGAAGAACACUAAAACAACGAACAACAAAAGAAGAAGAAACUACAAGGAACAAAAUAAUGGAAAACAACGAAGGACAGCAUAUAGUCAAUUAAAAAUCAAACGCUUCGUUAAUAAAUUAUGUACGUACACAAAUGAACAGCCGAACACGAAGAUAUCGAAAAAACGGAAGUGCAGGAAGAUAGCACGUCGCAUGCACGCGAGAUUGCGCAGAGAGAAUCGAAGAAAGUUACCUGAAGAAGGGCAAUCAAUAUCGUCGAACGCAGCCAGUGGGCAGACGGCACCGAAGCAUGUUUACAAAAGAAAAGAGAAAAGAAAAUGUCUGUGUCGGUUGUGUUCGUUGGACCGAGACAAUGAAACCGGGACACAGAAUCACGGCAGAGAAUGUGGAAGAAGGCAGUUGAGCUAA